AUGUCAAGUGUAUCAUCCCAAUCAGAACAGUCUCGAGCAUCAGAUCCAUUAUUCCAAAAUGUGGAGGAUUUGUAUUUGGAAAGUUAUGCAUUUACCACAGCAGCUGCGAUAGUUGGUUCAGUGGAUAGAAAGAUAUUUGUUUUAUUGAAAGACGGUAGGAAUCUUUUUGGUAUAUUAAGAACAUUUGAUCAAUUUGCCAAUCUUGUAUUACAAGACACUUUGGAAAGAAUAUAUUUGGGAGAGGAAGGUGAGGCCCCUACCCGUUUUUCUGAGACUUAUCGUGGUGUGUUUAUGGUGAGAGGUGAGAACGUUGUUAUGUUAGGAGAAAUGGAUAUUGAUACAGAAGACGACCAUUUAGAGAAAUUAGAGCAAGUGCCAUUUGAGGUGGCGCAACGUGAGUUGAAAGAACAACAAGCAAAAAAGAUCAGAGAACAAAAAGUAAAGACAAAGCAGUUAUUACAAAAAGGUUUGAUUAAUGAUUUUCAUAUAACAGAUUUGUAUUAA